GGAAUAAUGCCGUCGAUCGCGCGCUUUAACGCUUCGUCGCGCGCGCGCGCGCCUUCUCCUCUCUCGGAGUGAAAAAUGACGGUCACUGGUCGACGAUAAUCCAAGUUUACACAUUCUCCUCUCCUCGUUGUCUUACGACGCGUUCUAUCAUCCAUCAUCGAUACGCAUACUCGGAUUCCGUGUAAUCCCCAAUUGGACCACCCGGUAUACACGUCACUGUGAAUCGACAGCUUAUAGGCAGGAGCUUAUUUCCCUUUGGAAUUCGCGAACACAGCGCGCAGCGUACCUAACCUUCGACAGCGCACACAAUCAACAACGGCGAGGAUCCGUCCGACUGGAUUUGCCCGACAGAGUCGUAUUCGAAAUCCAGCGGAACGCAACGCAGCACGUACAUAUUAUCUUUAAUCUGCGAAAAUAAAGUGUGAACCUCGACGACCUCUGUAUCUAUAUAUUUGAGAUUGAAGCAGUGCGGAAAACGCGCUAUCGCGCGAGACGUCUCGUUCGACGAUUGAUAAGUGAGUUGACGAUGAUUUUGUUUUCGGCACGAGAUUGUUGACUCGGCGAAAAAUAAAGAGCGAGUGGUAUUAUACGUAGUAUCCGUCCGAUUGUUUAACUCGGACCUUAAGUCCGCGCGUACCUCUUUGGUAAGGUUGUGGAGAACCGGGACGAUCAUAUAUUCCCCGCCGUGUAUAGACAAGUAAAUACUUAAUCGCGGAGCUAGCUUUAUAACCCUUUGAGUGAUCUCGAUACGAGAUAGGCUUCCUUCCCGGAACACGGCGUGCUUUGCGAUGCGCAGUACGUUGCGAUCGUGAAGACGCACGAAAAAAGCUCGUCAAACAAGGACGACGACGAAGUCGCAGAAACCAUUUUUCAAGGUAGCAUGGAAACAGCCAAGAUGUACAUCAGCAGCGAGCCGCAGAACGGUCAUACGACCACGAAGUUCGCGUCGACCAACUCGAUCCCGGCGAUGAUGGAGCAGGAGUCGUCGCUUGCGAGGAUCCUCGGCAUCGGAUCCAAGCAGCGCGAGAACGCGGCGAUUCUGCGCGACAAAAGCCGCCGGCACAGCGUUCUGGAGGAUCUGAAGGCGCGGCAGGACAGUCUAUUCCAGAGAGCUCGUCGCGCCAGCUUGUUCGAGAAGAAGGAAAGCAGCGCGAAGGACAGCGCUAAGAGCAAUAACGCCAAGGACAAUAACGGCGUGAAGGACAAGCCGAAGGACAAGAGGAGGGGCAGCGACAGCAACAACGGUAGAAGAGGAUCGGUGUUCUACGUGUCCGAUGACCUGCUAGAAGAGAAUCAGGACGUUCUGGAAAACGAGGCUGCGCGCGCGGCUCAGGAAGCGGCCAAGAAAGGACGCCGGAAGUCAUGGCAUCCGCUCGCGAAACCGCCCAAGCUGGACCGCAAGCGGAAGAAGGGCAUAUCGGGAAUUCCGCCCGCCCAGACCGGAAGCACGGAGGGACUCUUCCCGCAGAACUACGUCCGCCAGAAGAGGCCGUCCUGGUGGAACAUCCUCGUGCCCGACUCGGUCGCCAGGUCCAGACGAAUGUCCCAGGAUGUCAUCACCUCGAAGUCGACGGAGAACCUCUCAGCGUCUUACUACAGGAGCAAAAGCCGCAGCGUGGAUCAUGGAUUCACGGCACCCUUCGCUUUGGAUUCCUUGCGGAACAAGGUCGAAGGACGCUUCGAAUCCGUGGACAAACUCUCGAAAGAUUCCGAUAACGAGAGCAAAGAUGGCUCCUCGACGCAGGAAAAGAAGCACGGCCGCGUCUCCCAGCCCAUCAACACCAUCGCGUACACGGUGGGCGACAGAGACACGCUUACGUCGGUGGCGGCGCGAUUCGACACAACGCCGUCCGAGCUGAGCAAAUUGAACAGGCUCGGAAGCACUUUCAUUUAUUCCGGCCAGCAAUUAUGGGUGCCGGCGAAAGGAGAAGGACGUCCCGGGAGCGGAUCGGCCACCGACGCGCCCAGCCCCGAUCCUUGCCACGAUCACGAGUCGCAGGACGACUUGCCACCCGAGGAAAAAGAAUUGUUGGACAAUCUGAGACCAGUGUCUCCCAAGCCGGGCCAUAUGGAGCGCGUGAAAACGCCUCUCGGCACGUCCAGCGCGACCGCGAACGAAGACGAUCAACCGUUCAAAGAGAGAUUCUUGAAAAUCAACGUCAGGCACAUUACGGACGGUCAGGGUGUGGUUGGCGGUGUGUUGCUGGUCACGCCAAACGCGGUGAUGUUCGAUCCGAACGUUUCCGAUCCUCUCGUCAUCGAGCACGGGGCUGAAUCCUACGGGGUGAUCGCUCCGAUGGAGUUCGUGGUCAACGCCGCGAUCUAUUACGACAUCGCGCACAUGAGAGUUUCCCACACGGAGUCCGGCAAUUUGGACAAGAAGCCUGAGAUCUACUACAUGAAGAAACCCCAGGUAGAUAAUCGCAAAUGCCAGUCUCCCGGAAAGGACGAGAAUUUUCCCGAAUUGGCGGGCGACGACAGCGAGAGCGUUUGCAGUUGCGCGGAGAGAGACGGUGACGCUUUUCCAAAGGCCUUCGAACGCGAGCUCGUCACUCCUACCAAUCUUCAGAGCGAAGAGAAUUCAAUCUCGACCAAAGAAAAGGAGAAGGAAAAAGACAACGAGAAGGAAUUUUGCGGCGGCGGCCAGGCCAGUAGAACGCUGGAAGAACGCAGGCGAUCUAUGCUCGAUCAUCAUUGGGCAGUUCCCAGCAAGGAUCGGAACACAUUUUCCGUCGACGACGAGCAGCAGGAUUCCUUAAAUUCUGAUAAGACGGAACCAGCCAAAUCAAACGCCAUUCCCGAGGACGAGGAAGGAUCUCUAGUCAAAUUGUCGUGCCAUGAUUCCGGUAUCGAUAUUCGCGACCCGCCCAUCCCGGUGGUUCAGCCGAUACCGACGAAGAAGGUGUACUCGGACGCGGACAUCGUCUUAUCAUCAGAUUGGGUUCCCCCGAUUACGAUAGCGCCGACGAACGUAACGAGCACGCUGGAACCUGGAUCUACUAUCAACGGCAGGAAGAAGGCCAGCUCGGUGUCCUUUAGCUUGGAGAGCAACGCGGAAGAGCCUGAGAAAGAUGAGGAGCACAAGGACGACGAUAAACAGGAAACACGGAGGAACAAGAUGUUGAAACGUCUGUCGUAUCCGUUGUCCUGGAUGGAAGGUUUGACCGGCGAGAAGGACGACGACAGCAGCAAAUCCGUUUCCGACAAGAUGUCGAGCCUGCCGAACAGCGCGGAUUCCCAUCACUCUUCCGUUUUCAGCAAAGUUUUCUCAAGCUCGCCGAUCAACCUGGUGAGUGACUUUAGCUCGGGCCUGUUUGCUAAAACCCCCAGCGAGGAGAGUGGCGGUAGAGCGGGUGGAACACCACCGCUCACCGCCUCCUCUCUCUCCCAGGACUCCAGCAUUUUCUCACCUGGUCCGGGAGGCCUUAUUGGACGUUCUUCCGUGGGCACUUUUAUUAGACAGCAACCGUUGACGUCCUCCGGUAGCAGCAGCGUCGACAGCAGUCGAGGCAGCAAAACCUCAACGACGGCGCCGCGAUUGGACUAUCGCAGUAUGGUCUCCGUCGAGGACAUGCCGGAAUUGUUUGUGAGUUUCGACAAAUUGAUCCCGCGACCCGCGCGUUCUUGCGAAGACCCGCCGUUGUACCUGAGGCUGCGCACCGGAAGACCGAAGGACAAGAAGAUACCGCGAUCGACGCCAAUUAUGAGCUACGGCAAAAAGAAACUGCGUCCCGAAUACUGGUUCAGCGUGCCGCGCAACAGGGUGGACGAUCUGUACAGGUUUAUCAACGCGUGGGUGCCGAAUCUCUACGGCGAGCUUGAUGAAAACUACUGGCGGGAGCGCGGCUACAUCCUGUCGGAUACCGAUACCGAUCUGUCGCCGGAAUUGUUGUCGCCCCACGAGAGCAGCGAGGGCGCGGACUCGACGGAGGAGGGCAAGACCCAGGACGGACAGGGCGACGAUAUCACCGAGCUGACGAGAGAGUCCUGGGAGUUGAUCAAGGCCCCCUACGUAAAGCUGUACAGCAUCCUGAAGACCUCGAGCGCAUCGGCCGAUUCCGAGCAGAUCCAGGAUUCGGAGGUGCUGUCUAUGAGCGAGGAGUUCAGACGAGCUCUGUACGCGAACAGCGCCGUUUCCCUGGACAAUGACGUCAUCGUGCCGGACCUGAUCGGCACAACGGAAAUACUCAGCGACGAGCACAGGGAACAUCUCUGUCGUCAUCUGCCCGCGAGAGCGGAAGGUUAUCAGUGGACUCUCGUAUUCAGUACCAGCCAGCACGGUUUCAGUCUCAACAGCAUGUACCGAAAGAUGGCGAAGGUCGAGAGCCCGAUCCUGUUGGUCAUUGAGGACACCGAGGGCAAUGUGUUCGGUGCGUUGACCUCGUGCUCGUUGCACGUGAGCGAUCACUUCUACGGUACUGGCGAGUCCCUGCUCUUCAGGUUUACGCCGAAGUUUCAAGCCUUCAACUGGACAGGGGACAACCUGUACUUUAUCAAAGGCAACAACGAGAGUUUGGCGAUCGGUGCUGGAGACGGAAAGUUCGGACUCUGGCUGGACGGUGAUCUGUACCAAGGCAGGACGCAGUCGUGCAGCACGUACGGCAACGAGCCGUUGGCGCCGCGCGAGGACUUCGUCGUCAAGACGCUGGAAUGCUGGGCGUUCAUAUAGGACACGGCCUCAUAUCCCCAGCCCACCGCUCCUUCGCCCUCGCCGCAAUCCAAUCUGACCUGAACUUCCGAACCUCACGGAGAUUUCGUAUCCCCCUCAGGAGAGAUUAGAGGAAGACUAAUGAUCUUAAGACAUUAAUGAUGAAGUUGAAUCAUAUCAAUGUUGCCACGACGCGCCGAGAUUAGCCUGAUCUUCGUCUUUUGGGAAAUCCUUGCCCGGUGUCUGACAGGAUGAGAUCUUCCCAAGGAGAAGGAGAGUGCGAGUCGUCAGUUCUCUGCGCGAGAAGAGACAACGGUGAUAUCCGCCCGGAGAUGGUGAAAUUGACGAUAGGCAGCCUCGAAAGGGAUGCGGAAUGAUAAGGAAAUUAAAACAAAAAAAAAAAGAGGCUGUGGUCCAAAGUUGCGCGACCGUAGCGCCGCGUGCUGUACGCGGAAUUCUUGCGCAUCGCGUAGCUACUCUGAUUAUCAUUAA